AUGGUGGGCGCGGAUGUUGCUCCUCUUUUGGUAGAGGAGACGACGGUUAUCGAUACCAUGAUUGUAGAGGAGAUGGAAAACGAAGAGAACACAGAGGAGAAGCAAAAGGAUGUCGAGGCGGAAGAAGAGGAGACGCGCGAACGAAUGGUUUUGAAAACCGACUCCGGGACCGAGGUGGAUCUGGCGAAGCUUAAAAGCGCCGCGGACGUCGCGCCGGAGAUGGGAGGAUACCUGAAAAAGUUGCAACACCAACUGAGCAUUCUUUUGGGUGGCGGAAGUCGCUCGUCAGAUUGA